AGCACCUAGAGAGAAGAAUAGGUCUACACGACUUGGCCUCCAAUCCAAACUUCAUACCAUAUAAACACAUUUCUAUGUUUUAUUGCUUCUCACACCUUUCCUCUCUCCUCCAAUUCAAUUCCCCAAUACUUACCAGCUAGCUGUAUCAUCGUCAACAACACAAAUAAUGGGCAACUGCUGGCCUAAACCAGUACAGAAUAUUCCGAGCAACCUCAGACUUUCUACCCCCAAUAAUUCUAAAGAACACGGCAACAAAACGCCGGUAAAAUCACCUCGGACUCCGGCGGGUAAAACUCCGACGGCGGCGUCGCCGGCCAGAAAUGGAGAAGGGGGCGGCGGGGAAGCGGCGGCGAGUGGGAAGACAGUGACGCCGAACCUGAAGAUGUUCACUUUAGCGGAACUGAAAAGCGCGACGAGGAACUUCCGGCCGGAUACGGUGUUGGGUGAAGGCGGAUUCGGGCGCGUGUUUAAAGGGUGGGUUGACGAGAAAACCUUAGCCCCGUCCAAGGUUGGUGUCGGAAUGCCUGUCGCCGUCAAGAAAUCCAACCCCGACAGCGAACAAGGCAUCAGAGAGUGGCAGGCAGAGGUGAAAUUCCUGGGGAAAUUUUCUCACCCAAAUCUGGUAAAAUUAAUCGGAUAUUGUUGGGAAGAAAAGGAAUUUCUGCUGGUCUAUGAACACAUGCAGAGGGGCAGCUUAGAAAGCCACCUUUUCAGAAAGGGUGGAGAAAUACUCCCAUGGGAAUUACGAAUGAAGAUAGCAUUAGGAGCAGCUCGAGGCCUUGCAUUCUUACAUACAACUGAGAAGCAAGUCAUUUAUCGUGACUUCAAAGCAGCCAACAUAUUGUUGGAUGGGGAUUAUAAUACGAAGCUCUCAGAUUUUGGACUGGCAAAGUCGGGUCCGGAAGAAGGAGCCACACAUGUAACAACGAGAGUGGUGGGAACCUAUGGGUAUGCAGCACCAGAGUACAUGGCAACUGGACAUUUGUACGUGAGAAGUGACGUGUAUGGUUUCGGAGUAGUUCUGUUAGAGAUAAUAACGGGUUUGAGAGUGAUGGACUUGAACCGACCGGGUGGGCAACACAAUCUUGUAGAUUGGGCAAAGCCCAUUUUGCCCGAUAAGAAGAAGCUAAGGAAGAUAAUAGACCCAAGACUGGAAGGGCAGUACCCUUCAAAGGCAGUGUUCCAAAUAUCUGAGCUUAUAAUGAAAUGCCUGGAGCCUGACCCUAAGGUGAGGCCACACAUGGAAGAAGUUUUGGCCAAUUUGGAAGACAUUAACGCCAUCAAGAUGAGGUCCAGAGACCACAAACCGAACCAGUCGACGAGCCACCGUCACGGCCACAACCACGGCGGCGCCGCUCAUCGUUCACCUCUCCACCCGAAGAAAACUACCAGCGGUAAUGCGAUCGGACGUCCAGAGUGCCCUUUUCCGGCGACUAAUCGGAGCUAUUAGAGAAAAUGAUCCAACUUUUUUUUUUUUCCUGGCAAUUUACUGUUAGUUGUGGGCUUUGUUUACUUUGGAUCCAAUAUUUGUUUUGCAAGGCCUAGAUAGGAUCUACAUAUUUUCACUUUGACUAGAAAUUGUGUAAUGCCAUGUUUGAUUCAUGGAAUAUGUGGAUAGGUUAAGGACAUAAUAGUAUUUUUGUAAAUAUGUUUAUUUUGUUGUUAAGGAUGAUUUUUUGUAUGAAAA